UUGUCUGAUGCCACUUCAGAGAGGUUUUGCUUGUUUUUGAAUGUGUCUAGGGUGUUGGGGUGUGAAUAAUCCUACCUCUCUUCUUCUGAGCUCAGAACCAAUAGAGAAAAUAAGUAAAGGUGCCAGACAGGCUCCUGGUGGGCCUCAGCGGGGCAGGGGUUGCAGGAGCGUUGCAGUGGAAGCACUGGCACACCAGGUCGUUCCUGGCGUGUCCUCUCCUCUCGCCUUUCCCUCUGGCCUGUUGCUCCAGGUGCAACAAGUAUCUGAAUGUCAUGCUCCAGUCCAAGACUGGCCCUGUGCAGUGGUUGGGUGGUGAUUGCCCUUGCCUGAGGGCUUCUGUUUGGGUCACCAGAAUUAGGGUGAUGGCUGCCUUCUACUUCCUUUAGGCCUUCUUCCAGCAGGUGACUGACAGGCCAGACUCCCUGGCCACUCAGGAUGUCCACCUCGGCCUCAGCCAGAGCUGCCACAUGACCCGAGCCUGUGAUUCGCCAAGUCUUGCCAGUUGACUGUGCCACAUGUGGUGCGGAUUUAAACACCGUCAUUAGACCAGCCGGAGGUGCCCAGAAAGGAGUGGCAGCCUCUGGUGGCCAGCAGUCGGCACCCAAGUUGAUUCUUCUCAAUAAAGACAGUUUACCAACUUCCUAGCUAAAUGGGAUUUACUCUUUGCAGCUUUGUAAAGUUUUUUCAUAAAAUAAUCAAAAUAGUGCAAAUACUUUAUUUCUAUACGUCUAAACGUGUGCUUUAGAAAUACUUCUGCCUUCCAAAGAGAAACUAGUAAACCAAUAGAGCAGACCCAGGUGUCCACCCAUUUGGUUGAGAUGGUAAAUGCUAAAAGUGUAAGACUGCCUUUUAAAACCCAUUUUUCCCCAGACCUGCUGACUUUCUACCUGUUUGGUUUGCUGUGCUCUGUGUCAGCAUGGAUUCCAAUCUCCAACAGGAAAUCUUGGUGGCUGAGCAAACGUGUGACCCGAGAAACAGCAGCUAAGCAUUUGGGAUGCUGACAAGAGGCUGGUGUAUACACUAAGGUCUCCACCAUGGACCCAGACCCCCAAGCGGGCGUGCAGGUGGGCAUGCGCGUGGUGCGCGGCGUGGACUGGAAGUGGGGCCAGCAGGACGGCGGCGAGGGCGGCGUGGGCACGGUGGUGGAGCUCGGCCGCCACGGCAGCCCUUCGACCCCCGACCGCACAGUGGUCGUGCAGUGGGACCACGGCACCCGCACCAACUACCGCGCGGGCUACCAGGGCGCACACGACCUGCUGCUCUAUGACAACGCCCAAAUCGGUGUCCGCCACCCCAACAUCAUCUGCGACUGCUGCAAGAAGCACGGGCUGCGGGGCAUGCGCUGGAAAUGCCGUAUCUGCUUCGACUACGAUCUCUGCACGCAAUGCUACAUGCACAACAAGCACGACCUGGCCCACGCCUUCGAGCGCUACGAGACGGCCCACUCGCGCCCGGUCAUGCUGAGUCCCCGCCAGGGCCUCCCAAGGAUCCCGUUAAGGGGCAUCUUCCAGGGGGCGAAGGUGGUUCGGGGCCCCGACUGGGAGUGGGGCUCACAGGAUGGAGGAGAAGGGAAGCCAGGCCGAGUAGUGGACAUCCGUGGCUGGGACGUGGAGACAGGCCGGAGCGUGGCCAGUGUGACAUGGGCUGAUGGCACCACCAACGUGUAUCGUGUGGGCCACAAGGGCAAGGUGGACCUCAAGUGUGUGGGCGAGGCAGCUGGCGGCUUCUACUACAGGGAGCACCUCCCAAGGCUUGGCAAGCCUGCAGAGCUGCAGCGCAGGGUCAGUGCUGAUGGCCAGCCCUUCCAGCGUGGGGACAAGGUCAAGUGUCUGCUGGACACAGACGUGCUGAGGGAGAUGCAGGAAGGCCACGGCGGGUGGAACCCCCGGAUGGCCAAGACGGGCACCGUGCACCGCAUCACAGACCGUGGGGACGUGCGUGUGCAGUUCAGCCACGAGACCCGCUGGACCUUCCACCCUGGGGCUCUCACCAAGCAAAACUCCUGCUUGGUGGGUGAGGUGGUGCGGGUUAUCGACGACCUUGACACGGUGAAGCGGCUGCAGGCUGGCCAUGGAGAGUGGACCGAUGACAUGGCCCCUGCUCUGGGCCGCAUUGGGAGAGUACUGAAGGUUUUUGGAGACGGGAACGUGGGUGUGCUGGUCAGUGGGAAGCUGUGGACCUUCAGCCCCUCCUGCCUGGUGGCCUACCGGCCUGAGGAAGAUGCCAACCUGGACGUAGCUGGGCGAGCCCGGGAGAACAAAAGCUCCCUGAGUGUUGUCCUGGACAAGCUUCGAGCCCAGAAGAGUGACCUGGAGCACCCAGGGAGGCUGGUGGUGGAGGUGGCUCUGGGCAACAUGGCCCGGGCUCUGGACCUGCUGCGGCGGCACCCGGAACAGGUGGACACCAAGAAUCAGGGCAGGACCGCCCUGCAGAUGGCUGCCUACCUAGGCCAGGUGGAGCUGGUGCGGCUGCUGCUGCAGGCUCAGGCGGGCGUUGACCUGCCAGAUGAUGAGGGCAACACAGCACUGCACUACGCCGCCCUGGGGAACCAGCCCGAGGCUGCCCGGGUGCUCUUGAGCUCGGGUUGUGGGGCCAAUGCUCUGAACAGCACUCGGAGCUCAGCACUGCAUGUGGCCGUGCAGAGGGGCUUUCUGGAGGUGGUGAAGGUCCUCUGUGAGCGUGGCUGUGACGUCAACCUGCCUGAUGCCCAUGCUGACACACCCCUGCACUGCGCCAUCUCGGUGGGCACUGGUGCCAGCGGCAUUGUGGAGGUCCUCACCGAGGUGCCAGGCAUCGACGUCACCGCCACCAACAGCCAGGGCUUCACCCUGCUGCACCAUGCAUCCCUCAAAGGCCACACACUAGCUGUCAGGAGGAUUCUGGCACGGGCCCGGCAGCUGGUGGAUGCCAAGAAGGAGGAUGGGUUCACGGCACUGCACCUGGCCGCCUUCAACAACCACAGGGAGGUGGCCCAGGUUCUCAUCCAAGAGGGCCACUGUGAUGUGAAUGCUCGCAACCGUAAGCUACAGUCCCCGCUGCACCUGGCUGUGCAGCAGGCCCACGUGGGGCUGGUGCCACUGCUGGUGGACGCCGGCUGCAGCGUCAAUGCUGAGGACGAGGAGGGGGACACGGCUCUGCACGUGGCCCUGCAGCGCCACCAGCUGCUGCCUCUGGUAGCUGAUGGGGGUGCAGGGGACCCGGGUCCCCUGCAGUUGCUGUCCAGGACCAGCGUUCCCAGGCGCUCGCCCUCACGUGACAGCGUCUGUCCCGCCAUCCAGCUACAGGCCUCGGGCCUUCCAGGCAGCGCGGAGCUGACGGUGGGCGCGGCGAUAGCCUACUUCUUAGCGCUGGAGGGCGCCGACCUGAGCUACGCCAACCACCGCGGCCGGAGCCCCCUGGACCUGGCUGCCGAGGGUCGCCUGCUCAAAGCCCUGCAGGGCUGUGCUCAGCGCUACCGACCCCUGUCCCCACGCAGGGAGCGGCAGGCUUGCGGAGGUGGCAGCGGGGGCUCGGCCCAGGGCACAAGACUGGUGCUCAGUGCUCCGGACACUGUGACCAACCUGCAUGUGGCCGCGCCGACGGGGCCCGAGGCCGCUGAGUGCCUAGUGUGCUCAGAGCUGGCGCUGCUGGUGCUGUUCUCGCCCUGCCAGCAUCGCACAGUGUGCGAGGAGUGCGCGCGCAGGAUGAAGAAAUGCAUCAGGUGCCAGGUGGUCAUCAGCAAGAAGCUGCGCCCAGACGGCGCGGAGGUGGUCAGCGCGGCCCCCGCGCCCGGCCCACCGCGGCAGUUGGUGGAGGAGCUGCAGAGCCGCUACCGGCAGAUGGAGGAGCGCAUCACCUGUCCGAUUUGCAUCGACAGCCACAUCCGCCUCGUGUUCCAGUGCGGCCACGGCGCGUGCGCGCCCUGUGGCGCGGCGCUCAGCGCCUGCCCCAUCUGCCGCCAGCCCAUCCGCGAUCGCAUCCAGAUCUUCGUGUAGCCGGCGCCCCCCCCCCCCCCCCGCCCCUUUCCGGGGCCAUGCCCCGCAGCCGCCCUCGCAAGCCCUUUCUCUGUGUUUUAUAAAAAGAUUGCUGGAC